GCUACACCAAGAGCACUCUCUGCACAAGGAGAGGCAUAGCAGAACAUUCAUUACAUUUUUUUGUCUAUAAUUGUGUCUUAUAGACACACUUUCACGCUUGUAACUCUCUCCCUGUUUUCAUUCAAUCUCAUUUCCUCAAGGGUUCCACCGCUUCCCUCUGUCCAUUUCUGUUGGUCUCCCUCAAUGUCCCUCUACCAAUCCCUCUCUUCACCCACGCCCACGCCCACACACAUCGUUCUCCAGUGCCUGUGCGUUGGAGAUGAUCGUUGAUGUGUGAGCCCGGAGCAGAGUCUGUAGAACAGUACUUUUACUUCUACCGUCAUUCAGAUCUGCUAUCCCUUUGAUUUGCUUGACAUAAAGUUGUGUGAACGUACAUUCAUCUCUUCUCGCCUUCACCUUGCAAGUCAGGAUGGACCACCAGGACUGGCAGAGAGGAAGGAGUAGGACCCACCAUCACUAUGACGACGUGGAUGACCCUCCGCCGCUGUACAUCGGCGUUCCGGCCACGCAUCGGAGGAAACGUCGGCGGCAUCACUCGAGCGCCAACGAGCCCGACGGCAGCGAGCGGCAUCACGCGCACCACGACCGCCACGCGCACCACGACUACUCCCAGCGCGACUCCUACUACGACCGGGACGACCGGGACGACCGGGACGACCGCUACGACGAGGCGGAGGACCCCGCCGAGCCCCACGGACACUCUGACCUCACCGUCUCCCCGGCGGCAGAGCGGCUGCGGCAGCUCCUGGCAGAAGAGGACAGCAUCCCAACCCCCACCCUGUUCACCGAGAUGGACACCCUGCAGCAGGACGGGGACGAGCUGGAGUGGAAGGAGUCGGCAAGGUGGGUGAAGUUUGAGGAGAAGGUGGAGGAGGGAGGGGAGCGCUGGAGCAAGCCCCACGUCUCCACCCUGACCCUCCACAGCCUGUUUGAGCUGCGGACCUGCCUGCAGACCGGCAGCAUUCUGCUGGACCUGGAGGGCUUCUCCCUGCCCCAGAUAGUGGAUGAGAUCGUGGAUCGGCAGAUAGCAGAUGGUCUGAUUGGUCCAGAGGUGAAGGACAAGAUCAGCUUUGUGUUACUACGGAAACACAGACACCAGACCAAGAAGGCAAUGCACCGCUCGCUGGCAGACAUCGGGAAGCCCUCCAACCCUACUCCUAACCGUAGUCCUCAAGCUAACCUGAGUCGUAGCACUAGCACCGCCUCCGGUAUUCAGCGCUCCACUGAGGACCUGCGGAGUCGCCAGGCCAGCAGCCUCGGCCGUCUGCAUCCGGCCCAGAGCAGGAGCAUGAAUGAUAUUUCAGAUACACCGAGCACCGACCAGCUGAAGAACAAGUUCAUGAAGAAGAUCCCGCGAGACGCCGAGGCGUCCAACGUCCUGAUCGGCGAGGUCGACUUCCUGGAGAAACCGUUUGUCGCCUUCGUGCGAUUGGCUCAGGCCACCACCCUCGGUGGCCUCACCGAGGUCCCCGUUCCGACCAGGUUUCUGUUCAUCCUGCUGGGCCCUCGUGGCAAAACCAAAGCCUACAACGAGAUCGGCCGGGCCAUCGCCACGCUCAUGGUGGACGAUUUGUUCAGCGACGUGGCCUACAAGGCCAGGGACCGUGACGACCUGAUAGCGGGCGUGGAUGAGUUCCUGGACGAGGUCAUUGUCCUCCCUCCAGGGGAGUGGGACCCCAAGAUACGCAUAGAGCCGCCCAAGAAGGUCCCCUCCGCUGAGAUGAGCUUGAUGGACAUGGGCCAACCCGGUCCACCUGACGGGGGGUGCUCCCUGGGACCCCCGGCUCGUCCCACCACCACCACCGCCGCCCAGCUCGGCAUCACCCGCCGUCGGCCAUGCCAACCAGCCCCCCCGCCCCAGCCCGCGCAGGUCAGCAUCCGGGUGGAGACAGAGCUCCAGCGGUCGCUGCUCUCCUACCGCUACCAGCGGCCGCAUAGCGGUAGCGAUAGCAGUAGCGUUGGCGGUAGCCGUAGCACGGUCUCCAGGGUCACCGUCCACCCAGCUUACGACCCCCCUCGCCCCGCUCCUCCAACCGUCCACCCACACACAGACUCCUCUGUCGCGGCGCGGGACAAACACACCCACACACUCGGGGCCACGCAGCGCAUGCGGCGAAAACUGUUCUGUGAGUCCAUCGUGUUAAAGUCACCCUGA